UUUUCCCCUCUAUAAAACCUCUCUUGUGCCCUUUUUCAUUCACCUCCUAAUCUUCCUUCUUCACCUCUCCAAAAACGAAAUCAAAUUUUUGAAAAAUGCGUGAAAUCCUUCACAUCCAAGGUGGUCAGUGUGGCAACCAAAUCGGUGCCAAGUUCUGGGAAGUGGUAUGUGCCGAGCACGGCAUAGACUCCACCGGCCGCUACGAAGGAGACUCAGAUCUGCAACUAGAGAGAAUCAAUGUCUACUACAACGAAGCCAGUUGUGGUAGGUUCGUUCCUCGUGCUGUUCUCAUGGAUUUAGAGCCUGGAACCAUGGAUAGCGUCAGAUCUGGACCUUAUGGUCAGAUUUUCCGGCCAGAUAACUUUGUUUUUGGCCAGUCUGGAGCUGGUAACAACUGGGCUAAAGGCCAUUACACUGAAGGUGCUGAGUUGAUCGAUUCUGUUCUUGAUGUUGUUCGAAAAGAGGCCGAGAACUGUGACUGCUUGCAAGGGUUUCAGGUGUGCCAUUCAUUAGGAGGUGGAACUGGGUCAGGAAUGGGAACACUCUUGAUUUCAAAGAUAAGGGAAGAGUAUCCAGACAGGAUGAUGUUGACUUUUUCAGUGUUUCCAUCUCCUAAGGUGUCUGAUACAGUGGUUGAGCCUUAUAAUGCUACUCUCUCUGUCCAUCAACUAGUGGAGAAUGCAGAUGAGUGUAUGGUCCUUGACAAUGAGGCUUUGUAUGAUAUCUGUUUCCGAACACUCAAGCUCACUACUCCCAGCUUUGGCGAUCUUAAUCAUCUAAUAUCUGCCACAAUGUCGGGUGUUACAUGCUGCUUGAGGUUCCCUGGUCAGCUUAACUCUGAUCUGCGGAAACUGGCUGUUAAUCUCAUCCCAUUUCCUCGUCUUCACUUCUUCAUGGUGGGUUUUGCUCCUCUCACUUCCCGUGGAUCACAGCAGUACCGCUCUUUGACAGUCCCUGAGCUCACUCAGCAAAUGUGGGAUUCAAAGAAUAUGAUGUGUGCUGCUGAUCCACGACAUGGCCGUUACCUAACUGCGUCAGCAAUGUUCCGUGGUAAGAUGAGCACCAAGGAAGUAGAUGAACAGAUGCUGAAUGUGCAAAACAAGAACUCUUCAUACUUUGUUGAAUGGAUUCCCCACAAUGUCAAGUCCACUGUUUGUGAUAUUCCUCCUACUGGUCUGAAGAUGGCAUCUACAUUCAUCGGAAACUCAACAUCUAUCCAGGAAAUGUUUAGGCGAGUGAGUGAACAAUUUACAGCCAUGUUCAGGAGGAAGGCUUUCUUGCAUUGGUAUACUGGAGAAGGUAUGGAUGAGAUGGAGUUCACAGAGGCUGAGAGCAACAUGAAUGAUCUGGUUUCAGAAUAUCAGCAGUAUCAAGAUGCAACAGCUGACGAGGAAGAAGAUUAUGAGGAUGAAGAGGAGCAGUAUCAGGAGGAGAUGUAAUAAUGAUUUGGGAAAAUUGCAAUAUAGCAAUUCUUCUUAACCUCAACUUCCAGUUGCUGGUUUUUUUUCCUGUCAUUUUAAUGAUUCAAAAAUGCAGACAAGUAUGAACAAACUUUUAAUUUGUUGUAAACUUCAACUUUCAUUUGGAAUUUAAUGGUAGUAUACUACUCCAAUAUUCUGAUUCU